CAGAUUGGUCACACGGUGCGAAGUUGAAGAAAGAAGGAAGCCAAGGCCCAAGGCCACGCAAGGAAAAGAAGGAUCAUGUUGACAAAGUUGAAAUUAGAUCUAUGAGGUUCUAUAGUUAUAUAGACUUUGUAUUGUUAUGCGAAAUUCAUGCUUCAGUGAUUGAGCAGUGACUGAGAGAGGCCACCAUGACAACUAUUCGUUUUUCGUCCCAUGUUCAAGAAUGUGGCCCGACAGAAGAUCUUCAUUGUUGGGCGAGACGUGAAGUUGUUGAAGACAACCUUGGAUUUGAGCCUACACAGGGCAUACAUGAAGUUCAUCGAGGCUGUCCAGAUAUUGAUGCGUUUCUGUGUGCAGUUCCUGUGCUCUGUCAGCAACCAGAAACCUUUGGCCUCGUGUGGGACAAAAGUUUGAGUCCCUCUGAAGGGAGGUACGAGCCUGGAGAACACUACUGCAGAACUAGAGAAGAAAGCAGAGAGAGUGCUCAUGGACUUAUCACUUUUCAUCGAGAUGGAGAGACGGGUGUCAAGUUUGCCAUUAAGACUUUAUGGUCGACUGAAGUGUUCAAUCCAGAGGAAGUACGAAUUGGCCUUCUCAGCAAACACCCAAAUAUUUGCUGUGUCUACGGAAUUGUUGUAAGAUGCAGACAAGUGCAUCUUCUCCUGGAGCAUGCUGGCGUCCCAGUGAUGAAUGAAAGAAACUGGUUGGCUACCUGUUCUGAGAGAAAACUUCUUGCCGCUCAGCAGUGCUUUCAAGCAUUAGAAUUCCUGGCGGCCAAUAAUUUGGUGCACUGUGAUGUAAAGCCUGACAACCUGACAGUUGUACGAGAGGGGGAGCAAUUCAUGAUGAAAUUGGUGGACUUUGGAUCAUGUCAGCAGAAAGGUACUUUCCUCCCACAACACACACACACUACUGUGGAGUACUGGUCACCAGAGGUUUGGAAGGCAGUGGAUCAGAAGAGUCAAGUUCUUUGUGAUCCUGCGAUGGAUGUGUAUGCAAUGGCAUUGACUCUGUACUUUUUUGAGACAUCGCACCAUUUGACCCAAAGGAUUCAAGAUUUGAAAGGAGUGAUGUUAACUAUGCCGGGGAUGGUGAAGAUGAUUGCCUUGCCUGACAGUCUACCAGCUGACCUCCGAGUUAUGAUGUCAUCCUGCUUGGAAGAGAGUCCCUCGGAGCGCCUGACUGCUGAGAAAGCUUGCAAAAGAUUGCAAGAUGCAAGCAUCCCGGCGUGCUUUCUUCAGGCAGCUUCCAAACCGGAAAAUUACCAAGACUCGUUUCAGCUGCUGGUUCAAAAAUUGUCCCAGAGGUCUCCGUCUGUCGGCAAGCCCUCCUUCCUGGCCAGUGUUGAAAAGCUCAAGGAGUCGUUUGCGUCUGCGUUGAGCCCUCUCUCACCAGGCACUCAUGUUCCACAGCCGGUGCUCUCGGUCACUAGCAUGGUGCAGACAGUCCCUGAUGUACAUCCGCAGACCAACAGGGGGAAAGCGGCCGGCGCUGCUGGCUACAAGCACUUCCGCAGAAAUGGUCGACCCGUUCCGAAAGUCAAGAGUUCUUUCAAACCUCCUCUGAAGACAAAAGGACUGAAACAGACAAGCAAAGCUACAGUAUGUAAACCCAAAGAUUCGGAGUUGCUAGUCAGUCUGAACAAGGCGCCCAGCGCUGUUGAGCCUAUGUGUAAUGAUGUUAUUGAGAGUGAAUACCCCAUUUCCAACUAUUUGAAGAACUUGGCGAUGAAAGUACAUGUAAUGCAAAACCCAGAGCCAGCUUGUUCUUCCAACCCUCCGGAGGCAGGCUCUAAGAACUGUUUGAAGCCCUUGGAGGAUCAGCGCAUCGCUGUCUCUACUGAUAGCCCUGCACGUGCACCCUUGAGCUCUGCAGUGGCUUCCUCUGGAGACCCUGUCUGGCCCUUGUCUGGCAGUUCAGGGGUUAAGGUCCAUUCUUCCUCUAGAAGUGUGUUUUCAGCAAAACAGAAAGCGAAUGUGUCAUCGAGGAGUGAGAAUGAGCAGAGAGAGCUGGCCAUGGAGAUGGCGGAUGACGACAUGGGGUUUGUCAUCGAAGUUCUAGACGAUAAAGCCAUCACGGGUGAGGAGGAUGACAUUGCCGACUGGCUUUAUCAGAACCUGCCAGAUACGGAGAAAUGUGAUUCUAACACCAACACCAACAGAUGCCUACAACAACAGAGUCUCAAUGCAAAUGAGAGUAGUGUCUCCAGCAGCCGCGGGUCAGGGAGAACGUAUGUGGGCUUGAGUGACCAAGCGUCUGACCACUCCACUCUGACACAAGGAAUGCAAAUUGUGAACAGCUCAGCGGUUGUCCGUGAUGUCCAGGAGCAGACAGUGGACAAGCAUUCUCAAGGCAUGCCAAGUGAUUCUAGUGCAGCACAGUUGCCUGACUUUAGUCAGAUAUGAUUUCAUAUUCUGAGAUCAGAUACUUGUUUCACGGAGCUUUGUGUGAAGAGACAUUAUUAUGAUCUUCUCGGAAAUAUGUUUGAGGAGACCAUGAACCCGUUGCUUUUUUUUUUCCAUCAAGGUUCCCUCAGCAUGCUCACUUUCUUAUCUAGUCCCCCCAACUCCCCUCUCCUUUCCCCCCACCCUCACCUUUCUUUUGUUGUAUUUUCUUUUUUCUUUUUUUUUUUUUACCCCAUUUGAACAGUGUGAGGUUUAAUGAAGCGGAGAAAGGUAAAUUCAUUAAUUUUAUCAUAGUGACCAUCAGCUUAUUCAUGAAGGGGCUUGCUUUGUGGAUGCUCAGGGUGGAAGCUGUGUAUUGUUCGUUAGAAUGUCUGGAACAGACACCAAAGUAUGCAGGUUGUGUAUAAGGCUGUGAAACAGAUACCAUCUUACUAAUGUUUAAAAUUCGGCAGGUUCAAGAAAGCUUGUGCAGGGCAUUUUUCUUCAACUAUUAGUGCAAUCUUCCAGGUGUGAUCGAGUGAUGUUAUGCAGCGAUCAUUUUAUGUAUUUCAAGUUUUGUUCUGUUUGCAACAUGUCAUGCGUGUGACCAAUAUCAAACGGUGUCCUGUCGUUUGUUUGUUUGUUGGUUUUGUUUCUUUGUUCAAUAGGAAAUUUACUUCCGUCUCCUUGAAAAAGGAUUUAUAAGUGAGAUUCCAAAGGGUUUGUUCGUUUUGUUUUCUUUCUGUUUUUUCCCCUCAUGGAUUAAUUAGUUUUUGUAUUUCUGUCGGAUAAGGCAAUGACAUAUACUUUGGGAUUGAUGUCAGUUGCAAAUUAUUUUUCUCCUUCCCUGUGGCUAUGGCAUCUUUACUACAAAAUGUGUGCCAGAUUCAAGGAGAUUGUGCAUGGUCUAUCAUUUUUGUAUAGCAGUAUUGUGCAGUAGAAAUCUGCACAGAUUCCCAUCAAAUGGGCGUCAUAGAUCUUAGAAGGGGGUAAAUUUUCUUUCUCUUUAUAUAAUAUACAUAUUAUAUACAGUGUCAUUCCACUGGAGAGAUAGUUUUUAUCUUAUUUUAUACUGUGCCAACGCUUGUCCACAGUCUAUUGUGGUGAACCACAUCUGUGGUGUAGGGGUUACACAUUUUGCCAUCACACACAGAUUGAGUUCAAUUCCCGAGUGGGGAGAGUUUUUAUUGAGUACCUCCAACUUUCGGUUUGGAUGUUGUAUCCCUCUCAGCCCAGACUGGCCCUGACAGGUAGGGUUGAAGCAGACUGCCCCCUGAGCAUUCUAAGAUUGUGUUGAUGGGGGCAUAAUCUGUUGUUUGUUAUUUAAUUUCUUCUUCUUUUUUUCCCCCAAGCAAGGGCGUUUUGCUGCUGGGAUCUUACUCUAAUAAUAAGCUCUUUGAAGAUUUGAGUAUAAAUGUUUAUUAUUAUUCUUGGUUACUUUCUUUGCUACGCAAACAGUCAUGGAGUUGUGUAUUACUAUUGCCUCCUUGAUGAAUCAGAUAAAGAUUGGGCUGCUUAGUGCAAAUGGUCACUCAGCACAUGAUUGCUUUGAGUGUUUGGCAGGUGCCCAAGCACAAACAAUUCUCCCCCCCCCCCC